AUGGUAGGCACAGCCUGUGUCUACACACUCAUCGCACUGCUUGCGGCGCACAUUGUGCCGAAAUCUAGUUGUGAAAUCGCAAAAACGGCAAACAGUGGAGCAGAAGUACACCAUACUGUUUCUGGAAACCUCGAAUCGGAGAAGGCUGUUGAUCCUGAAUCCGAGAUUCGCGACAUCAUCCACGACACCGCCCUGAAGAAGGAACUUUCUGAGGCAGGCGAGAAGGUUGCAAAAAGCGCCGAAGCCAUUGAGGAGUCACGAAAAAGUCUGGACAACAUUGUUAAGGAACAAGAUGAUAUAAGCAAGGGGAUAGGUCACGCCAAAGUAGACAGGGCUAAUGAGUUGCGCGAAAGGAAGCGAGAACUCCUAAAAAAAAUUGCGGCACUGGGCAAGACACUGCGGCUCGAACACGAUGCUAGAUACCCUCACCUGGCCGGGAAGCCAAUCGUCCUGGUCGCAAAGGAUGAGGCAGACACCAAGCGUGCAGCUAGCACACUGGCACAUAUCGAAGGGUUAAAGGACACCAUUAACAAGAUCCGCUCCCCCUGCUCGAGCCUGGAACACGUUCGCUCCACCGCCAUGGACACGUCCAAGCAGAACAGACACAACCGGUUCGUCAUUGUCCAGAAAACCUUGGAUUCUAUGUCGGCCGAGGAGAGACUACACUACGGUACGUGCGAAAAGAUUUCUCCCCAAAAGGGUGCUUAG